AUGUUCCGCCACGGCGCCCGCAGCUUCGCGACAAGCGCCCAGCGCCUGGCCUCCGUGGCCGCAGCCGCCGAACCGACGCCCUACCUCAUCGGCGUGUCCAAGGCGCAAGGAGUCGCAAAGGGUUUGACAGGAGCCAUCGGCAACACCCCCCUAAUCCGCCUCAACCACCUCUCGCAACAAACCGGCUGCGAAGUCCUCGGCAAAGCCGAAUUCAUGAACCCCGGCGGCUCCGUCAAAGACCGCGCAGCGCUCUACGUCGUCCGCGACGCCGAAGAGCGCGGUCUCCUCCGCCCCGGCGGUACCGUCGUCGAGGGAACAGCCGGCAACACGGGUAUCGGCCUCGCCCACGUCUGCCGCAGCAAGGGCUACAAACUAGUCAUCUACAUGCCUGACACCCAGUCCCAGGGGAAGAUUGACCUGCUGCGUUUGUUGGGCGCCGAGGUGUACCCCGUGCCGGCGGUGGCGUUUGAUAACCCGGAGAAUUACAAUCAUCAAGCGCGGCGGCAUGCGGAGAAGCUGGAGAAUGCGGUGUGGACGAACCAGUUUGAUAAUACGGCUAAUCGGCGAGCGCAUAUUGAGACGACGGGGCCGGAGAUUUGGUAUCAGACGGAGGGGAAGGUGGAUGCGUUUACUUGUUCGACGGGGACGGCGGGGACGUUGGCGGGGAUUACGCGGUAUUUGAAGGAUGUGUCGGGGGGGAGGGUGAAGAGCUUUUUGGCGGAUCCGCCGGGGAGUGUGCUGCAUUCGUAUAUUAGCUCGGGGGGGAAGUUGAUUGAGAGGACGGGGUCGAGUAUUACGGAGGGGAUUGGGCAGGGAAGGAUUACGGAUAAUUUGGCGCCGGAUUUGGAGCUAGUGGAUGGGUCGUUGCAUAUUAGUGAUGAGAAGAGUAUUGAGAUGGUGUAUCGGUGUUUGGAUGAGGAAGGGUUGUAUUUGGGGGCGAGCUCGGCGCUGAAUGUGGUGGCGGCGAAGGAGGUUGCGGAGAAGUUGGGCGAGGGGCAUACUGUGGUGACGGUGCUGGCGGAUGGAGCGUAUCGGUAUGCGGACCGGUUGUUUUCGAGGAAGUGGCUGGAGACGAAGAAGUUGCUGGGGGCGAUUCCGGAGCAUUUGCAGAAGUACAUUGUUCUGCCAUAG